GAGUCUCCAAGACAGAUGGGUCGCUACCGGGUCCGAGUGGCCACUGGAAACUCUGCUUUCUCAGGGUCCAACAACCAGGUGCAGCUGUGGUUGGUAGGGCUCCGUGCAGAGGUGGAACUGGGGCUUCGGCUACGGCCAGCUCGAGGACAGAUGGAGGAUUUUGAAGUUGAUGUCUCAGAAGACCUGGGUCCCCUCCAGUUUGUGAAGCUUCGUAAAAUUCAUCUUCUGAUAAAGGAUGCAUGGUUCUGCAACCAUAUAACUGUUUGGGUCUUUGAACAGAGCAUGGAAGAGAAGGAAAUAGUAUUCCCCUGUUACCGCUGGGUAGAAGGGGAUGGUAUCAUCUGCCUUCCUGAGACCACUGCUUGGAUGAUAAGAAAUGAAUCCCAAGGCCUGUUUCAAAAACAUCAAGAAGAAGAGCUGAAGGCGAGAAGGACACUCUAUGGCUGGGUCAGCUGGAAGAAAGGGAUACCAUUGUCAGUGGCUGCAGCAUCAGAGAAAGACCUGCCCCUGGAUGCAAGAUUCCAUGAGGAGAAGAAGGUUGACUUCGAAAGGACACGGGUUGUGGGGGUGACAGAAAUUGCCCUUAAACGUCUGUACACCCUCCUGAGCUCCUGGAAUAGCUUGGAAGAUUUUGACCAAAUCUUCUGGGGUGGCAAGAGUGCCCUGGCCAAGAGGGUGCGCCUAUCCUGGAAAGAUGAUGAUUUUUUUGGCUACCAGUUCCUCAAUGGUGUCAAUCCCACACUGCUGAGAAAAUCCUCUUCACUCCCCACUCGACUCGUGAUUCCCCCAGGGACAGAGGAUCUUAAGGCCCAACUGGAAAGAAAGCUCCAGGAGGGUUGCCUCUUUGAAGUUGACUUUUCACUGUUAGCUGGAAUCCAGGCCAAUGUGAUCCAGGGAGAGAGGCAACAUCUGGCUGCUCCCCUACUUAUGUUAAAGAUGGAGCCUGAUGGGAAGCUGCUCCCCAUGGUCAUCCAGCUCCAACUUCCCGGCUCUGACUCUCCAGUUCCACCACUCUUCCUGCCUUCAGAUCCCUCCCUCACUUGGCUUUUGGCCAAGGCUUGGGUCAAAAAUUCUGACUUCCAGCUGCAUGAACUGCAAGCACAUCUGUUGAAGACGCAUUUGAUGGCUGAAGUGUUUGCUGUAGCCACCAUGAGGUGCCUCCCAGGGAUGCACCCCAUCUUUAAGCUCCUGAUACCUCACCUCCGUUAUACACUGGAGAUUAACACUCGUGCCAGGACCAAGCUCAUCUCUAAUGGGGGAUUUUUUGAUCAGGCGGUGAAUACUGGUGGGGGAGGUCACCUGGAUGUCCUCCGAAGGGCAACAACUUGUCUGACCUAUAGAUCCCUCUGCCCUCCUGAUGACCUGGCUGACCGAGGGCUUCUGGGGGUCCCAUCAGCUUUCUAUGCUCAUGAUGCCGUUCGGCUCUGGGACAUUAUCUCCCGAUACGUGCAAGGAAUAGUCCAGCUCCAUUAUCUGGAAGACGAGGUUGUGCGGAGUGACCCUGAGCUACAGGCUUGGUGCCGAGAGAUCACUGAGAUUGGGCUGUGUAAGGCGCAGGAACGAGGGUUUCCUGUAUCUUUCCAGUCUCGUGAUGAGCUUUGCCAUUUUGUCACCAUGUGCAUCUUUACAUGCACAGCUCAACAUUCUGCCGUUAAUCAAGGACAGCUAGACUGGUAUACCUGGGUCCCUAAUGCUCCAUGCACUAUGAGGCAGCCACCACCAACUACAAAGGAUGUAACAUUAGAGAUGGUGAUGGCCACAAUGCCCAAUGUCCAUCAAGCCUGUAUCCAGAUGACUAUUUCGUGGCACUUGGGUCGGUUCCAGCCAGACAUGGUACCCCUGGGUCAUCACAAAGAGCAAUACUUCUCAGGACCUGGGCCCCAAGCUGUACUAAAUCGUUUCCAGGAAGAUUUAUAUACUCUAGAAAGGGAGAUUGUGGCUCGUAAUGAAAGUUUGGACCUGCCUUAUGAAUACCUUAAGCCAAGCCGGAUAGAAAACAGUAUUACUAUCUAAGUUAACACCUGACUGACCACUACUCUGAUUGGAUUGGAAAAGCCCCAUUUCCUUUCCUAACCCUAAUUCUUUUACAAAAAAAUCACAAACUUGGAGAUCUGUCCUCACACUUGACCUACUUCAUUUUUUCACACUCCUCCUUGCCUGAGGAAUCUUCUGGUAUAAAACAAGCUUAAUAUCACACUCUAGUGUCAUGAGUUUACAUUCAGAUCCUUGACAAUACUGUUUUCCCAUUCCCCACACAUGCUUCUUAUUUUCUGGUACUGAUGUUCCUGUAAAGAAAAACCUUCUUUGACUCUAGUCCUGAGGCAGACAUCCCUUCCACAUCAUUUUGCCUAAGGAUGGGAAAGUUCCCAGUUCAUAGCACUGAUCGUCCCCCUAGCUAUACACCUUACUGCUUCUGUGUCCUUUCAUUUCUGUGACCCUUUGCUACAAUCUGUAAUUAAUAAAUAAACAUAUCUAUAUACUAUAAGUCUU